AUGGCGUUACGGGCUCUAAAGAUUGGUAGAAAGAAGUCGGAGGGCCAUCUGAGUCCAACGAACUCUGGAACGACGGCCGCAGAUUCACCCAAAGGCCAACAUGCCAAGUCGUCAGGGGGAUCUGGUAAAGGUCUGCCAGAUUUUAGUUUGACCAAAAAUAAGAGUAAGAGCAAGUCGAAAUUGACAUCAACCGCUCACUACGAGACGACCUCCAGCAAGGGGAAGAUGCCCGUGUCCUCCAACGCUGGUGAAUCUGGCUCACUUCACGGUUCCACCAGCUCGUCCGACCUUAGAAAGCGGUUCCGUAUGCCAAGUAACCUGUCUUUGAACAGCAAACGGAGUUUUGGGUUUGGUCGCUCGGCCAGCAGUGCAGACCCCUCGUCUAGCGUUGCCAGAUCCUCUGCGGACAAGACGGUAAAGAGCGCGAUAUCAAAUCCUACGCCGGGAACCCCGCCAGGUGUGCCAUCUUCAUCUUCAGUUGCGACGUCGCUAAGCCGUCAAAACUCGAGUGUGCCGGGGAGUCCUCUCUCAAAUGAAUCUGCUUCCAUUAAAGACUUUAUUCCUCAGACUCCUAAGGGAAAAAGUAAAGCAUUUGAGACUGCACCUGCGACGCAACCCGUGGAAAGGAGCAGGUUUUUUGCGCCGGAGCAUUUGCUCCGCAAAAAGUCAUCGUCAGCGACGUUGCGAUCUACGGCAACGUCGGGCAACCCGGGUGAGAUUGUCACGUUUGCUAGUCAUCGACCUCCACAGAGAGCUAUUUCCACGCCAGCAUCUCCCUCGCAAGCCCCUAACAAUCUUUCCAUGCUUCCUGGCACUUCGUUGAGCGGUCUUGCACCCUCGAUUUCUGGUGCUGGUCUAAACUUGUCACUCGCUUCUUACAACUCGCCUAGCGUAAAAUCGUCACACCCCUAUUUGCCAUCUCCAUCUAUGUCUGCAGGGUUGGGGACUCCGCAAUCUGUACCUCCAGUGGACCGCUCAAAUGGUGUUCCGGCAUCCUCCAAUGCUCUUUCGUAUCUCAUGAGCCAUUCAGACUCGUCUCGCGGCGAAGUGUCUGAUCUGUCGUCUACGACAGUCAUCCAGCGUCCGUCAGAAGACGUUUCUAUGCCUCGAUCGGGCACGCAGCAAUCAUUAAGUGAUACUGCUUCUAUGUAUGAUGACUUUCAAAGCGUAGAAGGCACGUAUGUUUCACAUCCAACUUCGAUGAUGUUCGAUGCCCUAGAGCAUUUCGAAGCACCUGCAGAUUCUGCGGCGCCGAAAGGCGAGAAUGCGAUUGAUACUACGGAACCGCAGAAUGUGAGUGGUGUUCCAGAGCGAGUUCCCCUCGGCCAUCUCAAAGAGAGUUUACUUAUCAAUUCCGCCGGUCGUGCCCCUGAAGUUCAGGCCGAUGAAAUUAAUGAAAUCCCUGUAAUCGUUCAAGCUGCCCAGGAAUCUAGGGAUCCGUUCAAACCGUCAGACAGUACUUCAUUCAAGUUGAAGAAAUACACGGGUCAAAAUACUAUGGGUAAGGCAACACUUUCUAGCAAGAACAGGGAGGGUCUGAAUGCUCAUUCAUAUGUGGAUGAGGAAACUAAUGUUGAGUUCAAGGAUGCCACGAAUAUGUCUGAGCCCGAGUUCACGCAAACUAUUUCACCAAGAAUAAGCGAAUCGUCGGCCUACACGGAUGCACCGUUUCAAGAUAGCGCGUCUCAAGCAACUCAGCCCCUGUCUGCGUCGGAUCAGCCUGGUGAUGGAGUUGUUUCAAAAGCUGAGACCACUACGUCAAAAUCUGAUGCGCAGUACAGGCCCGAGGCUGAGUCUAUGUUUGGAUUUGACAAUGAGACGCGGUCAAUAGAUGACUACACCCCGUGCGGGAGCCAACGGGAGAGCUCGGAGUACUCAUUAAAGACCUCAACCCCUACGGGCACGCAUGGUAAGGUUUUAAGUCUGUCUCGCUAUUACCCUUCGAACGUUUCGCCUUCAAAGGGUUCGAAGCGUGCCAAGCAAGCACCAUCACCGACUGCAAAUCCGUCCGAGCUGCUUGAGGAAAUCAUGUCAGACAGGACUUUGAAUGCUGGAUCGUCUGUUGCUAGCGGCAACAGACCACCUGUGCAUUUGGUGGAUGCUCUUCCACACUUGAGUACGCCAAGUGCGCUAUUCAAGCCUACUGAGCCUUUGGCGUUGAAGAAAUCAAAUCAGUCCAUCGCUCCAGAUUCAGUAUCGACGAAGACGGAUUCUCCUGCACAGGAGCCUAGGAAGUCCGUAAGAACUGGCAAGCCUGUGGUUUUGGUGGACCCUGUGGUUCCUAUCGACAGAGAUACCGGGACCCCUGCUACUGAGAAGUCAUUGCUGGCCAAUAUGCCUGUCUUGCCUAAGAUCCCGCGCUCAAUGUCACAAGACCAAAUCAAUCUCCCUGAGAUUCUUCCGGUCCCUGUGGAACCGAGUUCGGCAUCGUCGUUCGGCUCUGCGAAACAAUUUUCGUCGUAUCAAUCCGUUCCGCUUGCACCAGUUGCACGGGAUGUUUCACUUGUAGAGAAGCCCGUCACUCCUCUACCUGUCUCUGCGCCUCCAACGCCUAUGAAGGAGCAACCUUUGCCCAACAUUCCUGCCAAUCAUUAUGGCUCAUUCCCUCUGGCGCCAGUGGCCAGAGAACGAAUUGUGAAUGAGUUUCCGGAUGGCGCGGAUGGUAUAACUGCUGCUGCACCUCAUGCAUAUGACCUUGGCGUAAAGUCUGCUGCACCAGCCCCAGUCGGACUGCCUCGUUCUGUCUCAUUGCCUUCUUUCUAUCAUGCAGAUGCUUCGUUACCAGUGCCGCAGCCUCUAGAAAAGAAUCGGCCAGAUGCAGUGGAGAGUAACGACCUUAAUCCUUUGGAAUCUGUCGCAGAGGACCGUGAUGAACUGUCAGAGAUACCUCCCGAGAAGCCGUUGAAAAUUCUGGGACCCCUCAAGGGGGCUGAUUGGCGUGUUCCUUUGGCGAAGGGAUCUGUUCAGCCCCCUCACGCUUUGAGCGAAUCACCGAAGAAGGACGCUUCGCUUCCCGCGCCCAUCUCUUUGACAACACCCGUAUCAAAUCAUGCUCCCAGCUCUGAGAGUGUUUCGCAUGAAGAGCAUCCACAGGAAUCACAGAUGCCUCUUGAAUCAAAGGAAUCUGAACAAAUGGAUGCGGAUGUGUCUAGAGAUCGUUGUGACCCGCCGUUGGACCCUGAAGACUUCGUUGACGAGGCUCAAGUCGACACCAUGGAACCUAUUCCCGAGGCUUCCACAGAGACCCAUGGAUCGACAGAGUCAGAGGAAGCUGGACCUACAAGACCUGUGGCAGAAGGCUCCAAGUCUGAAGGCACUCUUCCAUACGACGAAACUUCGCCAAAGCAUGCCAAGAACGAGGCCUACACUGUACCUGUGAGGCGUUCUCAAGUCUCGACUGAUUCUACGGGGCCCUCCGAUCCUGUUGAAUCUAGUGCAACCGGGUCACGUGUCACAGAGCCCAUCGAGAUCACGAAACCGACUGUGCCAAUUGGUAAUGGUCUAGCGGAAACCAACAGGGAAGAUGACCCUGUGGAACCUUCGUUACCGGUCGACUCGCAUCCCAAUGUUCCUGUGAAACCGGAAGCUGUCGCACAAACGAAAGCGGAAGAGCAUAGCAUGCCCGAAGGUCAGCAAGCAACUGGACCACUCUCUCAUGCUGCAUCGGUGGAUGCUAAGGUGACACAUGAACCCGUUUAUGGGAAGAAUAGUAACCUAGCAGAAUUUUUGUCGGAAGGCUCUGCCGACCCGGCGCAGACGCCUUGGGAGGGGUCUAGCGACUUGACUGGUCCAGUCAAGUCACUUGAUUUGGCACCAAGGAACGCAGUUUCAGAAAAUGAUACUGUUGGUAUCGCGGCCGAUGAUGCAGAAACCUUACAGCCCAGCCUAGAUGGAUCCACUGAGCUAAUGCAGCCAACUUCUCAAUUUGCACCAAGUCUUGAUGCUCCUACUACCCGGGAAGACAUCCCUACACAUUCGGCGGCAUCAGUCGAGCCAGAACCCGACAUGCAGCCGCUUGACAAGAAAUCUCAUCUGUCUGCAGGCCAUAUUGCUCCUGCAAGAGACGCAUCUGAACUGGGAGGCAUGAUGCCAAGCGAGUCAAGUUCUUGUGUUCUUCGUCCGCACUCGUUCCCUGGUCAGCCUGAACAAGGUCGUGUGCCUGUGGCGGGCUCUUUAUCUGAAAUACUACAACCUCCUGCUGCUGCUCUAGUUGAACCACCAAACUCAGGUGAGCCUCCGACACCCGAGUCUACGGAUGCAGACACCAAUCAACCUAUGAGUCCUGCCGAACCAACGGCCGUGAUGGAGACGCCUUCGUCGAGCGGGCAACUGGUCUCUAAAGACACGUCUGACGGGCCAUUGGGUGACAUUGACUCGUCAGCGCCAGUCCCUGCCACUGAUUCGCAGGACGUUCAAGCUUUGCCUCCCACGCCCAAGCUACCUAAGGCGGAGGACUUGAGUGAGGGAGUUGCUUCGAAGUCAGAGGACGAACUGUGCGCCCCUGAUUUUGAGGCGGUUGAUGGGCACAAGCCGCUUCCGUCUGUACCGUUGGAUGGCAAUGAUCUACCUCGAUCUGCUUCACCCGGAAACGACCAGUUUGCUUUAGAUGUGCUGAAACCUGACGAACCGGAAUCUGCCUCUAAAGCCGAUGACUCGAUGCCAGGCGAUCCUGGUGCGUUCUCGUCAUCAGUAGGGUCUUCACGCCCAUUAUCACCAGAUAUGAAUUCCAAGCGCUCUACUUCGGUUUCUCCGGCCGAGUUUGACGGAGAUGCAUCCGCAGAGCCCCCAUCACUAGAGUCACAGGAGCAAAAGGAAGCGUCUAGCGCUAUCGAAUCUUUAUCGGCUGUUGCUGGCGCUGCUGCUGAUGCCGCGACAGGGGCAGCUGGAGCAGCCGCCGAUGCAGCAACCGGUGCAGCCGGUGCCGCUGCUGGCAUUGCGGCUGGCUCAAUGCUUGCUGGUUUUUCGGCUAUGCGCAAGCCAGCAUUCAUGGAUAGCUUGGACGAAAAAGAGGAUACCAAAGCUACUGACGAAUUGUAUGAAACUGAUACAGAUAUGGAAUCGACGUACUCUGCGACGCAAAGCACAGAGCCUGAUCAUUCUCACCAAAUCAGACCAACCAAGGAGCCACUAGAGACUUCUGCAUCAUCUUUCGUUGGCGAACGAGAUCCUGCCAUGGAAGAAUUUGGCCCGACUCCUAGUCAUAUGAUGAAGGAGUCGGAAGAGUUCAACGAUGAUGAACAGCUCUCAUCUGAACAAGAAGCUCAGAAGACAUCAGAGGAGCCAAAGCAUCGUAACACGUUUUUGCAGGCUGCGUCAGGUCUCUUUUCAGCCUCAGCCUUUGCAUUUGCGAGAUCUUCAUGGGGUGGUGAUUGGUCUUCGAGGGAUUCUCCUAAGGAUGAAUCCUCUCCCUCGGAUGAGCCUACUAUCACUACUAUUCCACAGCCCGAACAGACCACGUCGCUGGAAUCUCGCUUGGAGCCGAAACCUGCGGCAGAGUCUGAUUUGCUGCUCAAGUCUGACCAGCAAUUGGCCUCGGAUAAAGAAGACUUCCCGAUGGAAGCGCAGCAGGAUGCCGUUCCCAAGCUUGACGAGCAGGAGUCUGACCUAUCGAUUAAAAAGCGUACUGAUGAGAAUGUGCCAGAGCCAAGUUCGGAGUCGGCAUUGCAUGAGCCGAAUGUGGAACUAGAGCCGGAAUCGCAGCUUGCUUCGCAGCCGCCGUUGGCUGGUGCUGAGCAUGAUGCUGAAUCGAAGCCACAGCCCGAGACUACGCUUUUCAAGUCUCCUGAGGAGCCUCUGGAGCGCGGCGCUGGAUUCGGACCCGACGAGGCCGAGUUGCCGUCUCAGCGUGAAGCAGAGCAAUUGCCGGAGAUCACAACAGCCCCUGAGCCCCGUGUUAAGCAUGAGUCUCAACCGAGCAUUCUCGAAUCUCAAGCUGGUCAUGAUGCUGGAUUGCAGUCAGAUUCAGCAGGAAUUUCGGAGUCUGCAGAUCAACCCAAGUUGCAGCCGAGCGUUGCGAAGACCCCAGGUGAAGAGUCAGUGCCGCAUGUUUCUGAUGCAGCAUCUGUGCAUGAGCCCGGGACUUCGCCUGUUAUUUCGGGGGGCCAUGUUGAAGGUGAGCGUGAGCCCAAGCCGGUAUCGAUUCCUUCGGAUCAGAUCUCCAAGUCUGAGCAACUGCCAGUUCUAGAUGACGGUAUUGCUCAUGAUUCCGAUGUGGAGCACGAACGCAAGUCGGAAACGGUGUCUAUGGAGCCACCGGUGAAGUCCAAUGUAACUUCUGCGGUCCACGCUGAGCCAGAGCCCGAACUUCCGCAGCUACCGCCGAAGCCCGAGGCUGUGUUGAUGCCUGAUUCAAAUUCCUCUGUCCAUGUCGCGACAACCCCUAACUUCGUUCCUGAGCGAGGUGACUCAUCAGUUGACGCAAAGUCUGACCGUAUGUCUGGUAUCAAGCAUGUGCUUUCGUCGCAUGAGACCGCGGCGACCCCUGCGAUGGCCCAGGAACUAGAGUCAGUUCCCGCACCUGAGGCACCCGAUACAGAGAAACUGGCGCUAUCGUCGAAAGAGUCAGAGUCCGUUGAGUCAGCUCGUAUGACUCCGAUGUCGUCAGAGCCGACGAUAGUAUCGGAAAGAGAGACUCGUGCUCCUUUGGUUUCGCAACCAGAAGUAAUCACUGUGCCAUAUCCAAAGGACAUGUCGUCACAGAAGUUUGAAAGGCACACACCACUAGAGGUACCCACGUCACAUGCAGACGCAGACCACCACGCACCUGUCAAGCCGAUCAUGGCACAAACGGCCGCCUCGCCGGAACUUCCGCAUAAACCCAUGUUCAUGGGUUUGUAUCCACAAGGCACCCUGCCAUGGGCCGUGGGAACUGUGCCAUUGCCUCAUCAUGCCGAAGUGCAAAGCCCACACACACAAUCUCGCUUGUCUUCGUCUAUGGCUGAUGUCGAUGACGCCUUGCCACCGAAGCCACCUGUUCUUGAGGAGAGUCCGUCGUCGAUAACCAACUUGCGCCCUGAACACACUGUGCAAGGUAUGCAACAGCCAGUCAGCUCUGAUCCACCAGCGCAUCCCCAUGACAAAGGUCAAGAUGUUCGAUCAACACCAAAAGACUUGCCCACGGACCCAGCUCUGCCAUGGCACAUGCCAGCACAGGCUAAGAUGGCAUCGGAGCCUAGUCAUAUCGCUCCUUUGGAAUCGUCUCUAGCUCUUAAUCAUGCUCUGGGCAACCAAGUAUCUCCUGUGCCCGUUCAGGAGUCUUCAUUGUCAACUGAGCAUAUGCCACGUCAGGUUGCAACUGAUAAUGCACAACAACGUGAAAUGGGUCCCGCUCUAUCGACGCGCAUGGACACGUACGAGCGCAGCUCUUCUCCGUUGGUUUCUGCGCCCAAACCUGUUGCAGCGUCUAUCCCUGAUAAUGUCGUGCCACCAAAUGUCCUAGAAAAGCAACCCAGUGAAGCCAUGCCCGCAAUGCAAGGCCGUUCAAAUCUUCAUGACUUGGCUGACCAGGAGCCAUCUCGUCGCUAUUCGGUCGAAUCUCAGUAUGAGUCCGAAGUGCAUGAUGGAGGCUUCGAACCUCGGUUCCUUGAUACUGUCCCAGAAGAGCGCGCUGAAAUGUCUACGGAGGAGGACAUGCCUCGCGGAGGCGCACAUGCUGAGGCUCCAGCUAUUUCUACUCGUGCUACACCGGCGAAAUCCGGCAAACAACCGACCAUUUCGACGGCACGCACACCUCUCCAGGGCACUGGAAAGUACGAUCCUUACCAAUUGAAAGGCUUUAUUCGGGCGAUGAGCGCCGAUAACUACGAACAUGCCAUGCGUCGUGCUUUUAGGAUGGGCGUGCCAUUGGCUGAAAUCCCUGCCAGUUCGCCGGAGUCCUCCACCGAGCCAGCUGAGAGCGGGAAGAGGCCUAGCGAGCUUUUCGCCGGCAAGGGUGUGCGAUGGGAUUCGCCUGACUGGUUACGAUCACAACUCCGCAAGAAUAUCGAAGCCCCGUCACAGGCCGAGUUCCAUGCCUUUUUGAAGAGCCGUCGGCAAAUUAUUCCAGCCUUUGUAUGGCGUGAUGCGGCACAAGAGCUCAAGCUGCCAAAGGAAAAGUAUGUGCCUUUGACGCCUUCGCCAUCAGCCAAAACAGCUGCUCGUGACUCCAUGUCGGACCGCACGUCUCAUACAUCGCAGCCGAGCAUCUUCGAAGAUGCAAGCACAUUUGAGCCAUUGAUCCCUGAUGUUCCGCCUGACCUUGUUUCGUCGGAAGAUACAAAUGCACCGAAAGUACCUGAAUCGCACCAAGCGCGUACUGAACAAGAAGCGCCUGUCACUACUAAGCAGACACUAGAAGAAGCUGCUGACAUUGUUCCGAAGAAAAAGCCGUCCGCAACUGAUUUAGGUGUGGGUUCGCUGAUGUCUAUGAACUCGUUGCUCUCGGAUUCAGACCCUAUCGAUACGAGUCUGCUAAGCAUGGAUCAACUGGAGAAGUCAUACCAGGGCAGAGUCCGCUCUCAGGCUCCCAAGACGCCUGUCGUCGUCCCGUCAAUUGCAUCGAACAAUCCAGGGUUAACGCAAACUUCUGCGUCAACUGAGCCUGGACCCAGUUCGUCGUCAUCGUCGUCAGCGUUGCCAGGCCUGCCAGGCCUUGCGCCUGUCGUUUCGCCGACAUCAGCCACUAUUGCUCCUGUUUUGACGUCGCCUGGUGGACCGUCUCCGGCAACGACGUCACCUGGUUAUGUUCCAGUUCCAGCGUCAACGUCAGUGUCAGCGUUGUCCUCAGUGUACGCGCCAAAACACACUCAAGCGCUCAGCCCCAUGGGGUCAUAUGCUCCUACUCCCUAUGCGUCUCUGGACGCCGCUAAUCACUCAGCUACUCAAGACCGUGGUGUUAAACCAGUGCCUGCCCCGACCUCAGUGCCCCUCAGCGAGAGCAGAGCGUCAGAGUUUUUGCCAUACGCGGAUGCAAUGGCGGCCGGCACUCCGCAGCUGCAGGAGUCGGAGCCAGAUAUUCCACCCAUGGUGCCACCGAAGUCAGACAAGCCAUGGAAGAAGCAUACUAAGCCAAGCAAGUUACCGUCUUCGUCUGAGAGUUCACAGCAAGACUCUAAUAUGGAAGCAUUUUCGCAUCGACCUACUCGCGAUGAUGUUCAUUCGCAUGUUGCUGAUAGGCCCUACACAAGCAAUGAACAAACCAGCAUGAUGCACCCUGAACAUCAAGAGCUUGGCCUUUCGCUGUAG